AGAUGCCACCUGCGAAAGCAGAAUUAACAAGAAAUCUACUGCCACUUUAUUUACAGUAGCCGGCUUGUGGGCAUAUAUAUAUAUGGAUCAAAUGUCCCUGGUUUCACUCUUUGAUGUCUGAAGUCUGAACCCACUUUGCUGCUUCUCUCUGUUUCUGGAGAAAAUACUGUUCUAAUCUUUUUGUCACCGAAUUUCACCGAAAUAAAACCCAAAAAUGUCUUCACCAAGCAAACGCCGAGAAAUGGAUUUGAUGAAACUGAUGAUGAGUGACUAUAAGGUGGAGAUGAUCAAUGAUGACAUGCAAGAGUUCUAUGUGGAAUUCAAUGGACCAAAAGAGAGUCCUUAUCAGGGAGGUGUGUGGAAGAUAAGGGUGGAGCUGCCAGAUGCCUAUCCUUAUAAAUCUCCAUCAAUUGGCUUUGUCAACAAGAUAUAUCAUCCAAAUGUCGAUGAAAUGUCUGGUUCAGUUUGCUUAGAUGUUAUAAAUCAAACUUGGAGCCCCAUGUUUGAUCUGGUUAAUGUAUUUGAAGUUUUUCUUCCUCAACUUCUCUUGUAUCCCAAUGCUUCAGAUCCAUUGAAUGGAGAAGCUGCUGCUCUAAUGAUGCGUGAUCGUGCUACUUAUGAUCAAAGAGUGAAAGAGUACUGUGAGAAAUAUGCCAAGCCAGAAGAUGCUGGGCUGGCCAUGGAGGAAAAAUCAAGUGAUGAGGAGGUGAGUGAAGAUGAAUAUGCAUCAAGUGAUGAAGCAAUAGCUGGACAACCUGAUCCUUAGGUGGCAAAGUGCACCCAUUAAUUUUCUGUUGUACAUUGUAUUCAGCUCCUGGAAAAUGGAACCUGACAAUAUUGAUUGCAGGCUUAUGGAAAAACUCCAGCCCCUUCUGUCUUUGUUUUCCAUGGAUGUUGUGUAAAUUAAUCAAACUGUUGUUUUAAUGUUUCAAAUAUUCAUAUACUCUUGGGACAUAAAAAGUUUUGUUCUUCUUCUUCA